CUCGCUUGUUCUCUGACUCUCGCAAUGGCUCCGAAGCGUCUCAAAGAAGACCCACCACCCGCCACUACUUCUUCUGGGGAAGAGGAGGAGUCUGAGAACGACGCCGUUUCAGAAGAAGAAGAAGAAAAAAAUGAAAUAUCUGAGAAUGAAGAAGAAGAAAAAAAAGAAAAAUCGGAGAAUGAAGAAGAAGAAGAUGAUGAAGAUGAAGAGGAAGACGAAGACGAAGACCUAGCAAAAUCCCCUGCGGGAAAGCCCUCUGUAACGCCAUCCAAAUCCCAACCGUCAUCCGGGUCCGAUACCGAGUCCGCGUCUGGGACGGACUCCGACCCCAAGUCCCCGCCUUCCCCGUCCGCCUCCGCCUUCACCAUCAAGCCGAUCGCGUCCAAGCCCAUGGCCCACGGUCUACUCAAGACCACGAAGGCCAACAACAACGUUCCGAUAUCUGUUUCGGGGCCAUCGAAACGGGCAGCGGAGUCCGACCCGAGUAAAGCCAAGGACUCGAAGAAGAGGAAGGUAAUAUCAUCGUCAUCAACAACAACAAUAACAACAGCAACCAACGGCGACGAUGAGGACCCGAAGAAGGUAUCUGGGCCUGGAGCUGGGGCCAUCCAACGGCUGUGGGGCGAGGAGGACGAGCUGGCCGUGCUGAAGGGAAUGAUCGAGUACGGGUCGAAGAUAGGGUCCGACCCGUAUUCCCACAUGGGCGUGUUCCACGAGUUCAUCAAGAAGAGCCUCCGCGUCGAGGUCUCCAAGGCCAAGUUGAUGGACAAGAUUCGGAGGAUGAAGAAGAAGUACCAGACAAACUUUGACAAGGGUGGCAAUGACAUGGUCUUCUCCAAGCCCCACGAGCGCAAGGCCUUCGAGCUCUCCAAUAAGAUUUGGGGCACUCAGACCACUCGAAAGCCCAAAAUUAAUACCAGUUCCGUGACAGUAGCAUUGCCGAGGCAAGAGGUGGUGGAGAAUGGGGGAGGAGUGGAGGGGUUUUGGGGGGUUUAUCCGUGUUUGAAGGCGGCGUUGGAGACGACGGCGGAGAUGGGGUUUCCAGGUUUGUCGGGGUUGGGGACGGGGACGAGGUUUGUGAGGGAGUUCAUGGCGAAGAUUGGGAGUGGGAAGCUAAAGGAGAUGGAGGACAGGUGCAGGGAGGUGAGGGUGGCUCAGCUGGAGGUGUAUGUGAAGAGGAUGGAAUUGGUUCACGAGCUAGGGGAGGUCGUUUUGGAGGCAAUGAAAAGGAGGUAAUCUGUGGUUUUUGGUUUUGUGUUUGGUUUACUUUGACGGAAAAUUGGUUUUGUUUGAAACCCUUUGUGUCGAAUUCAUAGGGGUUUCCAAAUUUUGGUUUACAUUAUUAUGUUAAUAAAUUGAAAUUUAAGUUUUUGGUA